AUGGCGAGUGGUGAAAAAAUAUAUAAUUUAGAAAAACCAGCUCAUGCAGAAGAGAUUCUAAGAAUGCUGAAUGAUGAUGCUGAUGAAAAUAAUCUUCUUGACGAUUUAGGCGAUGAAAGUGGAAGUGACGAAGACCAUCUAGAGAGUCGCGAAGUCGAUUCUGAGACAGAACAAGAGGACGAACAGGAUGAAAGUGUUAUAGGAAACGCAAAAAAUGCUGCAACGCCUAUAGAAUGUUGGAGUCUUUUUUUCACAGAUGAAAUGUUAAAUAUUAUAUUAACCUACACAAAUCAGUACAUUGAAGAGGUAAAAGUAAAAUAUGAGCGCGAAAGAGACACUAAGCCUAUUGAUUCAAUCGAAUUAAAAGCAUUUAUAGGCCUUUUAUUCUUAGCUGGUGUGUAUAAGGCUAAUAGACUUUGUUUGGAGGAGCUGUGGGGCAUAAAUGGUGAUGGUGUAGAGAAAUUUCACUUAGUGAUGAGCAUAAAAAGAUUCAAAUUUAUAAUGCGCUGUCUUAGAUUUGAUGAUCGCCUAACAAGGUACGAAAGAAAACAAGAAGACCGAUUAGCUGCAGUACGCGAAAUUUUUACGCAAUUUGUUCACAAUUGCAAAAAAAAUUACUCUCUUGGAGAAUAUGUAACUGUGGAUGAAAAACUAGAAGCUUUCCGCGGGCGAUGUCCCUUCCGUCAAUAUAUACCAUCAAAGCCAGCAAAAUACGGUAUAAAAAUUUUUGCACUUGUUGACGCAAAGUUAUGCUAUACAUAUAACUUAGAAAUAUAUGCAGGACAACAACCCAAUGGCCCAUUUCAGAACAGCAACAAACCUUCAGAUGUAAUAAGGAGAUUAAUUCAACCCAUUCUAGGCUCUGGGCGAAAUCUUACAGCAGACAAUUGGUUUACAGAGUUCGAUCUUGUGGAAGAACUACGGCAAAAUAAAAUUUCAUAUGUUGGGACCGUAAGGAAAAAUAAAAAGCAAUUACCUCCUGAGUUUAUUACAUCUAUUGGAAGAAAAGAAUAUUCAAGUAUUUUUGGUUUCAUGCCAUGCACAACACUAGUCUCAUAUGUCCCGAAGAAGGGAAAAACAGUUAUACUUGUUUCCACCUUACAUGAAGACAAGUCAGUAAAUAUUGAAACAGGAUAUAAAACUAAACCAAAUAUCAUCACGUUCUAUAAUGAAACUAAAGGUGGGGUUGAUACGGUUGAUAAAAUGUGUGAGUCUUUCAAUGUUGCUAGAAAUGUACGGCGCUGGCCCAUGGUAAUAUUUUUUGCUAUGCUGAAUAUGAGUGGCAUCAAUGCGCAAAUAAUUUACCAUGGGAAUGGUAAGAAAGAUCUUCGAAGAAGAUAUUUUUUGAGACAAUUAUCGCAUGAACUUGUUCUUGGACAGCUAACAAGAAGAAGUGAAAUCACGAGUGGAAUUCCGUUCACUUUGCAGGCAGGACUCAAAAGAUUCAGACCAAAUUCACAGGAAAAUGUCUCACAAAAACAAGAUGAGCCACAAAAAAAACGGCGAUGUGAACCAUGCACAUUAGAAGCUAAUAUUAGACGGCUUUCAAGAUUUUGUUGUGCUAAAUGUCGAAAAGCACUGUGCUUACAACAUGCGAUCUUUCAAUGCAGUGCUUGUUCAAAUGCUUCAAUAAAUGAUAAUAUUUAA